AUGCCUGUUUCUCUAUCUGCUCUGGGACUAACGGUCCUCGGACUGGUUGGUGUCGCCACCGCAGCCCCUUCGUGCAACCCCGGGCAGUGGGUAAACCUCACUUCAAUCCCCCAGCCCGCACCGCACAAGGUCAACCACGCCAAUGCGCCUAAGGUGGGCGAAAAAUUGUACUUGCUCGGGGGCCUGAUCGAGGCUCCUCUCUCGCCGGGCGUAACCAUGAAUUGGGUGGCCACUCGGGCCUGCUACGUGUAUGAUCCUGCCGUGGAUGCCUGGCGUGAAAUCGAGCUGAUGCCACGCGGCACCGAGAAGGGCAGCGCGGUGGUUGGGGUGCAUGAGGAGAUGGUCUACCUGGCCGGCGGAAUGACGGUGCUGCAAACAGGCAAGGGUCGGAUGCUAGUGUCGCGGGGCGGCUUGUCCGGCAGUGCUGUAGGAGGCGAGCUUUACGUGUUCGGUGGGGAAGGCAAUGUCGACGCUGCCACCGGAGUGUUCAAUCAGACACAGAAGUAUAAGCCCCAGUCGCAGAAGUGGACCGAGUUGGCGCCCAUGCCCAUUCCACGCCAUGGAAGUCAGGCUGUUGGCCUAGACAGUCGGGUCUAUAUCCCUGGGGGUGGGCUGCAGCAGGAUGGCAAGUCGGUUUCAAUCGGUGGAGGGCCGGUGACCUUCCAGCAUCCCACCCCCCAUUUCGAUGCCUAA